AUGUUGAUCCUUAGGACCCCCGGUUGCCUUCUCCGGCGAAAUGGUAUCAACUUUUUUAAAACUAUCGGCAAUGUAUGGCCUACGUCAUAUGCAGUCACUUCAAACUAUUCCACCAAAUCCAUUUUAAAUCAAGAAAUAGUAGAUUUGAAAAACAUUCGUAAUAUUGGCAUCUCUGCACAUAUUGACUCUGGCAAGACAACGCUGACCGAAAGAAUUUUGUUCUACACUGGGAAGCUUGCAGAGAUGCAUGAGGUAAAAGGAAAAGAUCAAGUUGGUGCCAAAAUGGAUUUCAUGGAACUUGAGCGACAAAGAGGAAUCACAAUCCAGUCUGCUGCCACUUACACUAUGUGGAAGGACAUCAAUAUCAACAUCAUUGACACUCCAGGCCAUGUUGACUUCACAGUAGAGGUAGAGAGAGCUCUGCGUGUCCUUGAUGGAGCCGUCCUUGUCUUGUGUGCUGUGGGAGGUGUGCAGAGCCAGACGUUCACUGUAGAUAGACAAAUGAAACGCUAUAUGGUCCCCUGUGUGACAUUCAUCAACAAAUUAGAUCGGAUGGGAUCUAAUCCUUACAGAGUUCUCUCACAAAUGAGGUCCAAGCUGUCUCAUAAUGCCGCCUUUUUACAGUUGCCUAUCGGACAUGAAUCAAAAACUGAAGGUAUCAUUGAUUUGAUUCACAGGAAAGCCAUUUACUUUCAUGAACCAAUGGGUCUCAACAUUAUUGAAGAUGAAGUUCCAGUUGACAGACGAACAGAAGUAGAAGAAAAAAGAGCUGAACUAAUUGAAUGCCUGGCUAAUGUUGACGAGAACUUAGGGGAAAUUUUCCUGGAAGAAAGACAACCAACAGAAAAAGAAAUAAUGGCUGCGAUAAAAAGGACCUGUUGUAAACGUUUGUUCACUCCAGUCCUGAUGGGAACAGCUUUGAAAAACAAAGGAGUUCAAACUUUAUUAGAUGCCAUCAUCUCGUAUUUGCCCAACCCCGGUGAAAGUAAAAAUGUUGCUUUGGAUAACAGUAAGGGUGUAGAGACGGCAAAACCAUUCACCUUAGAUUCAACACGAAAUACAGUUUUACCUUUCAUUGGACUCGCAUUUAAACUGGAGGCUGGAAGAUUUGGUCAAUUAACCUAUAUGCGUGUGUACCAGGGAGGUGUGAAGAGGGGUGACACCAUAAUUAAUACCCGGACACAAAAGAAAACUAGAGUGCAGAGAUUAGUACGAAUACAUGCUGACGAGAUGGAGGAAAUUGCCGAGGGCUUCGCCGGAGAUAUUUGUGCAUUUUUUGGAAUAGACUGUGCAAGUGGAGACACAUUUGUUACCAAAGGCAACACCCACAUUUCCAUGGAAUCCAUGUUCGUCCCAGAUCCAGUGAUCUCCAUGUCCAUCCGACCAGUCAGUCAGAAAGACUUGGACAAUUUUUCCAAAGGCAUUGCACGUUUUACUAAAGAAGAUCCAACUUUGCUCAUCAAUUUUAAUCCAGAAAGCCGUGAGACUAUUAUAUCCGGAAUGGGGGAGCUUCAUUUGGACAUUUAUGCUCAGCGUCUUGAAAGAGAAUUCAAUGCCAAAUGUACCCUUGGUAAACCCAAGGUUGCUUUCGAGAAACCAUGUCUGGACCCCCUGUAUUUUGACUAUCUGCAUAAAAAACAGUCUGGGGGUCAAGGACAGUAUGGUCGAGUCAUUGGAAUUAUGGAGCCUUUACCACCUGAAGAGAACACCAAACUUGAAUUUAGAGAUGAGACAACUGGAACCAACAUACCUAGACAGUAUAUACCUUCCAUCAAAAAGGGCUUUCUGAAAGCUUGUGAGAAAGGAGCCUUAACUGGACACAAGAUUUCAGGCAUACGGUUCCGGUUAAUUGAUGGGGCUCAUCACAUUGUUGAUUCAAGUGAUUUCUCUUUCUUCACUGCUGCUGAAAAUGCAGUUAAACAAGUUCUUGAAGAAAGCAAUUUCUUAAUAUUGGAGCCUAUAAUGUCUGUAGAAGUGGCCAUUCCCAAUGAAUUUGAAUCAAAUGUUUUAGUAGGAUUAAAUAAACGUCAUGCUGUAAUCUUGGGAACAGAUUCCAAUGAAGGUUAUUCCACUAUUUUCUGUGAGGUGCCAUUAAAUGAGAUGUUUGGCUACUCAACUGAAUUGCGCUCCUUGACUCAGGGAAAAGGAGAAUACACAAUGGAGUAUAGUCGGUACUGUCCAGCACAAGUUGAUGUACAACAAACUUUGAUAGACCAAUAUCAAGAGAGUCUAAUGGCUGCUCAGCCAGAUAAGAAGAAGAAAAAGAAACGGAAUUGA